UUCGAUUCCAAAACUAGACGAGACGGGUGAGAGAGCUUUGAGCGAAAAGGUAGAAGCAACAAUGAAAAUCACCAAGCUCGUGGCGAUCCUUGUCCUCCUGGCCGUCCUGUUCACGGGGAUCCUCGCCCAGCCAUCGGGCUAUUUCCCCAAGUGCUGCGACAACUGCAGGUCCUUCUCAGGGAUCGACGUCUGUGACGACGCCCAUCCUGAGUGCCCCAAGGGCUGCUUGCAGUGCCGCGUGGUGCAGACGAGCCCUACCAAGACGUUCAGGUGCGCCGACUACCGCGGAGACUCCGACGACACGUGCGGCCCGCCCUGCAAGAAAAACUGAUGGGUUAAGAUCAGAUCACGAAAUGUUUCGCCCAAAAUAAGAGCUCAGACGAGAUGAGCACGCCACCGUGUUUGUGUGUGCAUUUGCCCUGCGUUGUAUCAUCGCCGUGGUUUCAUCAUCACCAUUGUUGUUGUUUUCUGUUCAAGAGUAAGUUGUUGUUGAUCGCGUAUCAGUUGCCUGUUGUACCCGCCAUGAAAUAAGCUAUAAAUAUGACUAAAAAAAGUGUGUCUCUGCCUAA